AUGAAUUCCUUCCAAGAUCCGUCCAUUUAUAAUUUGCUUAUUGUUGAGGAAUCUAAAGAGAAAAGGCCGCCAAGGUACAAAUCAAAAUUCCAGAGAAGUGUAAGGGACGAGUAUGAAGCAGGGAUUGAAGGAAACAAAACAAUGGGUCCAGCUAAAAUGUGCCCACCCCGACCUCAAAACCAUCUCAUCAAGCACGGCAAAGAGCCGCUACUUGCCCAAAAACAAAGUUUCCAUUAUCCCGAUGAAGAACGCAAGAAGCCAGCUGUUCCAAAGAAUGGCGACCUGCCCUUGAUGGGCCUGAGAACCACAGAGAACAUCAUGUGUGCUAAUGCUGUGAAAAACGUUCUCUCACUGCCGAAAAUUCCCGCCAAAAGAUAUGUCGACACGCGACGUGGUGAUGCACAUGAUCUGCUGCAGUCUGGUUGCGAACCUGUUUAUGUUCACAAAAAGGAAUAUGGCGAAGUUCCAGUUUAUAUAACCAGACGCAAAGAAGAGCUCACCAGAGCAAAGGAUGAAUAUGACAAGUAUGUGGCUGAAAAGUUCCAGGCAGGAGCAAUGAGACAGCUGACAGAUUUAGAGCAUCAGACAAUUCUCGAGGGUCUGAAGACAAACUGGGAGGAUCUUCUAGACCGGUAUCAAAGUCUGUCCGUGGUCACAGACACCCUGGGAAGGAAAUAUAGGAAGGAGAGGAUGGAGAACCAACUAAAGCAGCUGGAACGCGACAUUGAACUCUUGGAGAAGCACAAAAUUGUUUACGUUGAGAACUAA